AUGAUGAGCUUCAAGAGUCAGACGUCCGUCGCGCCGCGCGUGCUGACGUCAUCAUGGCGCGUGUCGUGGUCGCUCUUCCUACUCCUAGCCGUCGCGCUCUUCGUCCUUGCAGACGUCCUCGUUAUAAGAUACAGCUGCUCCGGCUCUUCCCCACCAUGGAGAAGGAGUAGUAGUAGUGAAUCCAAGUUCGUAAAGACGCCGGUUGAAGCAACCGCCGCCGAGAUCGGACCGUUGGCCGGCGGCGCAGACCGGAAAGAGAUGAUGGACGAGGCGGCGCCGGACCUGCGAGAAAUGGACGAGGCGGCGCCGGACCUGCGAGAAAUGGACGAGGCGGCGAACCUCGGGAUCAGCGAAGAGGCGGACGCACGAGAAAUGGAUGCGGCGGACACACGAGGAGUGGACGAGAAGGGUGCAGAUCGGUUGCGGUACCCGGGCAGGAAGCGCGUGCUGGGGUUCGUCGGGGUGCAGACUGGUUUCAAAAACCGCAGGAAACGCGCUCUGCUCCACGAGACGUGGUUUCCCGGCACGCCCGAGGAGCACGCGCGCGUGGAAGCAGCAUUGGGGCUGGCGUUUCGAUUCAUAGUCGGGCACAGUGCGAGCGCAAAGGAAGAGCAGCUGAUGCAGGCGGAGAACAGCACUCACGGGAACUUCCUUCGCAUCGAUGUGGAUGAGGGAUACCUCAAUCUCAACCACAAGACACGUGAUGUGCUGGCUUGCUGGCAGCGUGAGGUGCCAGACGUAAGGUGCUUGCUUGCUGCUUGCAACGUGAGGUGCUCUGUUGAUGACGACGUGAGUGGCUCUUUGCUCGCUGCCGUUAUGCUUCUUCCUCACGUGCCGCCGUUAUGCCUUUCCCCCACGUGCUGCCAUUGUGCUUCUUCCUCACGUGCUGCCAUUGUGCUUCUUCCUCACGUGCUGCCAUUGUGCUUCUUCCUCACUCUCGUGUACUUCACAUCUCUCUUCAAGCUCUAUGAAGCCGACUUCUACAUCAAGGCAGACGAUGACAUCUACCUCAUACCAGAUGGUGAUGCAGAGGAUCAAAUGUUGCUGGCAGCAUUGAAGUUUUGCCUACUGCUGCCUCUUUCUGCCCUUUUCCCUGCAUAG